AUGGCCCCUUCUGGCGACGCAAAGAAGGCUGUCGGCAAAGAUGUGGGGGACAUCAUGGGCCAAGAGAAUGUCGCCCCCAAGAGCCAGCCAGCCCGCCAACCCAGCAAACAGCAAGUGCGCCAUCGCGCUUCUGUCGCCUGUGCCUCAUGUCGUGACCGAAGGAUCCGAUGCGUAGUCCCCAAGGACCAAACCACGUGCACAGCAUGUCAGAAGACGGGCGCUGAAUGCAUCAUCAAGAACGAUGACGAGAGGAGACGGCCUAUCUCCAAGGCAUACAUGUCCUCUCUAUCAGACCGAAUCUCCAUGCUAGAGGGCAUGCUGCUGGAAAAGGGGGUUGUGCCGCCCCCUGCGUCUCAUCCCCCCAAAUCAAGGCAUGAGCCUUCAGAUGGGCAACUAGAAGACAAUGUCCCGGCGGCGAGCAACCAAAGGUCGGUACCAAAGGCAGAGAGGGCGUCACCAGGGCACAGCAUUCCUUCACCAUCAGACUCCCGCUAUGAAGACUACAUGGCUGCUGGAAGUGACCACGAUGACGGAAAUCUAUCAACUAUCAUCAAAGAGGAGUCACCGAUACGGAUUCUAGACCCGCAGCAGGAAGACAUCAUUCACCGUCUACUCUCCACCAAGGGUAACCUCUCUUUCGACCAAAUUUCCGGAGGACUACGCUUCUUUGGUCCCACCGCCAACAGCCAUGUGUAUGCCGGGUCCUCAGAUCAUCACGAUACUCGUGAGCCUCCAGAGCAGGUCCGGCAAGCAGAAGGCAUCAUUCGAUCUCUGGAUCCUGAAACACACGAUUAUCUUGUCGACAAUUACUUUCAGUACUACAAUUCUGCGAUCCAGGUCAUCGACCGAGAAGCCUUCGAGGCUGACCGCCAGUCUCCGUGUCCCAAGUUCUACUCUCACUUCCUUCAUGUUACGAUUCUAGCGAUGGGUUACCGGUCAGCCGAUAUGGACCGGGAAGACAUGCGCAGGAUUACUUUGAGGCGAAGGGAGAGCACCCUCCACCGGGAGGCAAAGGCAAUGCUUGACAGUGAGCUGGAGCGCCCUGGAGGCAUCCCUAGUGUUCAAGCACUUUUGCUUCUUGGCGACCUAGAGUGUGGUGUUGGCAGGGACAACACCGGCUGGAUGUAUUCAGGAAUGGCCAACCGCCUUGCAUUUGAUAUUGGCCUACAUCUCGACUGCACAAGCAAGAUGUCCGAACAGGAUACCAAGAUUCGGAACAUGGCUAUGCAAGCAUGUGUUAUCUACGACAGAUACUGGGGUCUCUUUCUCGGAAGGCCCUUGGCCAUCAAGAGCCAAGACGUUGAUCUCUUGUCCAACCGCUUUUCUCAGCUUAUAUCCAUCGGCCUCGAUCCGCCUAAGCAAGACAUGAUCGCAGAGAUCUACGAGCAACUGAUCGAGUUGAUGGAGCUAGCGGGACGGAUUGUGGAGAUAAGAGACCUGACAGGCUCGAACCGAGGCUCAAGUGCAGGCGAAGCGGAGGAGAAUCGAUACCUGCAAGUCGUCAACCUUGAUAGACAACUCCAAAACUGGUACCGACGACUUCCGGAACGCCUCUCUUGGAAACCAAGCAACCUCAAAACAGCGCCUUACAGCUUCUUCCUCCUUCACCAGCAGUACCAUGUUACUAUGAUUCUUCUUCACCAACCAUGGGCCAAGUACGGCUCCAUUACCGGGGAUGGUGCUAGCACGGGAUCCCAUGCAAGUCCAAAGAGUGAUCACACAGCCAGCACCGACGAUUUUGGGCAUCAGCUGGGGUCUAUAGUUGCUGAUGCUUCUUUGGGUAUCGGUUGUACUCAGAAGCUUGGCAACGAGAGCCGUACUUCGUUGUCUCGCAGCAUUUGUACCCAGCAGGCGAUCCGUGUGGCCCGCAUCUUCUGGCAGCACCGCCAGAGGUUUGAUGGGCGCAAGAUCUUCGUGACAGUUGGCGACAUGAGUUACGCAUACCAUCCAGCCAGCAGGAUGGACAAUCUCCUCAAAGCUGUUCUGGAUCAGAUCAGAAACAGCAUGGCCGAGUCGGCUCAAUCUCCCAAGGACAGCACGAGCUAUAAAAGCGUGAGCAGUGUUGCUGAUAGUGGCACAAGUGGCUUCUCUAUUCCAAGUGACUUGCCCUCCUCUACAAUCCCGUUAAGGCGGGAAGCUGCAGACCCCGAGCUUGGCAAACCAGUCAAAAAGAGGCGACCGACGAAUAGUAGGGAAUCUUCAGAGUAUGCUCCCCCGCGGCCACCAUACUCCGCCGUUUCAACUCAGCCACCGCCCAACGCCGACAAGGUGCAGAGUUUCUCCUAUGGUCCCACUCAGCAACACCAACCGCAGUUCGACUCACUACUAUUCUCCAUGGGCAUGAACCAUCCAUCUGGGCAGUUGGAUCUGGGUUAUGUCGGCGGUGCUGCAAUCGACAUGGAUCCCAACAGUGAUGCUUCGGGGACCUUGCUAGGAAGACCGGAGGCCAUGGAUCUCGGCAUCCCUUCCUCAAACAGUUGGAACCUGAGCACCAUGCAGCACUCUCAAGGCUUGAUUUCGUACGAUACUCCUAUCGACUGGACUUCAGGAACAGCAGGGCUCAGUGCCAGUUCGGUGCUGAAUCAAAGCGCAGCCCUCUCGAGUGGCAUCAUGUCAGGGGCACCCGCAUUUGGCUCAAUUAAAGAUGAAGUUGGAUGGGUGGUGGUGAUAUGA